AUGUUAAGUGUAAACAGUUUAGAUGCAUAUACAUCAAUGCCAAAUCUUCCAACCACAUUUUCAAAAACAACAAGAAGUUCUAUGCCACCUCAAAUGUCUUUAGCUAAAUCAGGUCAAUUACUUCAUACUAAUAAAGCAUUUCGAAUUCCUUAUAAAUUAAUAGUAAAGGGUCAUGAAAAUAGAAAUGAAACUGAUGACUCUUCUCAAAUAUUUGCUACACCAAGACGAAGUUCAACAAAUAAAUCAAAUGUAGAAAUUACUCAACUUACAUUACAAUUAAGAAAAUUCAAUGCAAUUCAAAGUAAAAUUGAUUAUAAAGAUAUAGAUACUAAAAUAAUAAUUUCAUUUCAAUCAAUUAUUAGAGGAUAUUUAACAAGAAGAGUUUUUGGUUUAAAACUUAUGAUUAAAAGAAAAGCUGCAUUAAUGGAAUUCUUAACUACUGAAGAAAGUUAUAGUAAUAGAAUGAAUGAAGUAUGUAAAAAGAUUUACAAACCAUUAUUAACACUAAGUAAAAACAAUCGCUUAUUAGUUGAAAAAGCAUUUUCAGUAUAUCAAGAGAUUAAUGAAAAUUCACAAAUGUUUUGUAAUAUAAUGAAUAAUGCAAUGAAAAAUUAUACAGUAUUUAAGAAUGUUUCUUGCCAUCUUUUGGAAUGCGUAGAAUAUUUAAGUCCUUAUAUGAUUUAUGUUAUUGAUAAUGAAAAUUCAAUAAAAGCAGAGAAAGAGUUAGAAAAAUUAUCAAUCACUACUCAAGUGUUGUCUAUUGUUAAUGAAGGUAAGUUACAAAAUAGGAGAUUAAGUGGAUUAUUACAAGAGCCUUCAAUGAGAGUUAUGCAAUAUCCAAUGCUUAUAAAAGAAGCACUAAAAUAUACUCACCCAAAACACCCCGAUUAUUCUGCCUUAAAAGAAGCUUAUAAAAUAUAUUAUUUCUUUACUACUUUAAUUAAUUCUAGAUGUAAACAAAAAGAUUUAUUAAAUGAAUGGGCAAAUCUAACUAAUCAACCAGAAAUUAAUAUAAAAGGAAGAUUUUGUCUAGGGGUAUUUGAUUUAAUUCCAAAUGGAAUGGUAAGAAGAAAGUCAUAUAAAAAGAUGCUUGUUUGUAAUGAUAUUAUAUUUAUUGUUGUUGAUAAUUCUAAAAAAAGUUUUAUUGACUUAACUGAACCUCAAAAUUCAUUUACUAUUGAACAGUCUUUAAAAAUUAAUGACACAACAACAGUUCAAUUAAAACACCCAGAUAUCCUUGAAAUUACUACAAACUCUGAACUCAUCUCAAAAAAAUUCAUGAAGACAGAAGAACGUGAUGAAGCAAUGAAACAAAUUGAAACUUCUGUAUCUGAUACAUUUUUUGAUCUAACUAACACUAAACAAUGGAUAACUCUUUUUUCUCGUAUUAAUAAAAAAUUUGGAAAUCAAUUAUAA